CUUGCCGUUUCAAUUCGUAUCUUUUCCCUCCUGUACUGAAACACAGGCUUGCGAGCUUCACCUGUCGGUUAUUGACUCAACUGAGUAUCGAAUCUGCGUUGGCCAACAGGAAAACAAACGCUGGAAAGUGCUGCGGAAUAGCGACAGAUUGAGCAGAUAGUAAACAGACGGACGGACAUAGCAGUCGACACAAAAAAUGGUCGGUACUAAAACAAGAUUUACGUCAUACAACUGCAGCAGUUGGACUGCACGGCUGAGCCCAGUUUUCGUCAUUCUGUUGGCUGUGUUUCAUCUAUUCGCCAUGGAAGCCAAUGCACAAUCAUCCAACAUCAUCACGGAAAUUCGACAGGCUUUUGCUAGCCACAAAGAACUAAGCCGUGUCGCCAAUUACUUGAAUUUGGGUGAAAAGGAAAUUUCACAAAGCCUGAUGAAUGGUCAGACAGGCAGUGGAUACACUUUUUUCGCCCCUACAAAUUGGGCUUUUGUACGGAUGCUACCCCAAGAUAUCUCUGACCCCUUCUUUGUCGAUGCCCAGCUACGUCAGAAUGUCCUCCUUCAUCAUUUCGUUCGAAGCUCGUUAACACAAGACGGUCUGCUCUCGAAAUCUGAGCUUAUAAUGGCAGAUGGCAAACCAAGCACAUUAACCCACAAUGCCGCAAAUGGUGGCGUUUCUAUUCAAAUCAACAAUGCCAACAUAAACCUAGAACCAAUCCGCCUCGCCUCCGGCAUCGUUUACAUUGUUGAUCAGGUCUUUGUCACGCCUCAACAGAUUGACGAGGCCAUCCGCAGGAAUCCAGCUGUUGAAACCCCAUGGGGUCCUAUUGACUCACAGGGUCAAAUUAAUAACCAAGACGUGGAAAGCCAAACUGUCGUUGUUGAUCUUGUAGCCGAAUUCCUGCGAGAGGAAGCUGCCGCUGCAGCUGGUGGACACCACUAGUGCCUUCAUAUGCCUUUACUUUUGCAUUUCGAGCAGACGCAUAUUUUAACUAGACAUCGGUUAUGCACUAUGAUGUCGUUUUCCCAUUCCUAUUUGAUCCUUUAACAAAAUCUCCACAAAUGGAUGAUUCAUGCACAUAAUUUGGCCUAGACUUUAUGCUUAUUUUACACAAUUCGAUGAGUGCAUUAUCUAUUCUUUUAAUUCAUUACCGAAAUACAUAUCGUUGUAUUAAGAAGUCAAAAGAAA